CACAUACCAUGCAUCUGUAGGUCAGUUCGUCCAGCUGAAAUGUGAUGUCGGAGAUGAUGACACACCUGUGAGCUGGAGCAGAGAUAGUAACCAUACCCUGGACUUGACAAUGUCUCGGAUUAGAAAGACAAACAGCUCACUGCUAUUUUUACCUGUGGAGAUCUCAGACAGCGGGUACUACAUCUGUAAGAGCAGUGGCCCUUCAGAAGAUGAGGAGAUUACAAUGCUCCUUCUUGUGGAGAGCAGCUUGUGUCCUCCUCACAGUGAUAUCAAGUCUGCCAAGCCGGGGACCAAUGACAGGCUCAUCUGCGGACAGGAGGACAUCUUCACUCUCAACCAGACAGCAGAAAUCACCUGGCUGAAGGACUGCAACCCCCUAGGUUUUCAUACAGAAAGGAUCAGAUUUUCAAAUGUGACCACCAGGGAUGCAGGAAACUACACCUGUAUGAUAACGUUCUCCUUCGAGGGGAAGCUCUUCCACGCCUCCAGGACAAUCCUGCUGGAUGUUAAGAAAGAACCACCUUUGACAGACCCCACAGUGAUUGAACCACGAAACGAAACCAUUAAGGUUGAGCCAGGUGAGAAAGCUGAGUUCAAGUGCACUGUGUUUGUUGGAAGGGAUGAGGGCUCUGAGACCGAAACCUCAGUUUACUGGACUGUCAACAACUCCCUCAUUGACAAUUACGAGCAGUUAAAACACAGCACAAGCUUUGAAAUGAAGGACCAAGGGCUGUAUGGGUAUUCCAGCCUGUUUAUCUCGGAGGUUCGGCCGGAGUUCUUGCACGUCCCCUUCAGCUGCAUCGUCUGCAGCCCUGUGCACAGAGACCGUGGGGUGGUGUGGCUCGUUCCAGCGAAUCACAGAGACUUUCACAUCAACUUGAUCAUCUGCAUGGCUGUUCCUGUGGUCAUCACUGGGGCAGUGAUGUAUCAUGUCUUCAAGGUUGACAUAGUUCUGGCACUUCGAGGACUUCGCCCCCUUGUGGCCAGCAAGACGGACGCAGAUGGCAAGCUGUACGAUGCCUAUGUCAGCUACCUCCACAGCGAGGCACUGUGCUCCCCCAGAUUCUGCCUGCAGGUUCUGCCGGCAGUGCUGGAGCGGCAGCACGGGUACAAGCUCUUCAUCAGAGGAAGGGAUGACCUGCCGGGGGAAGGGGUCCAUGAUGUCAUCUCCAAUGCCAUCAGCAGAAGCAGGAGGUUGAUCAUUGUCCUCUCGGCCACUAACUCGUCGGAGGAGGACCCCGAGGACCCAGUUUUAUUGGAUCAGAACCAGAACGAGGACCAGCCCGAUUUUGAACGGCAGAUCGGUCUCUACGAUGCCCUCAUCCAGAACAGCCUCAAAGUCAUCCUUGUAGAGAUCGGAAAAGAUAUAGACUACUCCCUAUUCCCGGAGUCGGUCCGGUAUGUCAAGCAGAAGCAAGGGGCUUUGAGGUGGACGCCGACCCAUGGGAGUCCCACGGCACCCCCCAACUACCGCUUCUGGAAGUACCUGAGGUACUGCAUGCCCCCUGGCGCACCCACGAGCCAUGGUGCUGAACAGGGAGCCCGGGAACCAGCAGUCAAGUGUCCACUCCCAUGGUGACGGACGCCUUCCCUCUCACAGAUCCACACCUACAUUAACCUUCGGGGCUCAUUCAGCAAAUGUGUGAAGGUGCUGAGACAUUAUAACAACAUCACUGAAUUGUUAUCUAGAGACUGUGAGAACACUAUCCAGGUUAGUUCCUGGAAUGCCAAACAUUACUUCAGAAUGGACAGACCAUUCAAAUGGGCAGGAAGUCCCGUUUUUCAGUUGGGUCACUUUGUGACCUCUUGACCUCUGAGGUCUUAUCUCUUUAUCCAGCAGGACGCAACUCUGCAAACAUGCCACAGUGCCCCGAAUAUGUGCAGAAAUCACGUGACCAACAUGUCUGCAUUUAGUAGCUGCGUUCUCACUUCAGAGCUCCAGUGGUAUGCACACAUCCACCAAGUGCAGUGAGAGGGUGUGUAAAAGAAGGGGUACUGGGCUUGUCACAUCUUUUCCCACAAGUUACUUGUGUGUUACCUAUAUGCAUUUGCA